UUCUAUGCAAAGGAGGACCAACAGAAGGCAACAGAGAAGAAACUUUGAAUGCAUCAUUCUCUCUGGUAGUGGCAUUACCUUCCCCAGUUACAUCAUUCAGCAUGGUUCAGGGCAAAGCAGGUGAGACCCAUCCAGCAGAAUCUAACAACUCCCUGAAUCAGAGUGUUUCUGAUAUCCAAGCUCUGCCAUCUCCCAUUUGUAUCAUUUGAUGAGGCACCAUUUGGACACAAGGUACCAGUGCACUUGGAACCACCCUCCCCCCCCACGGUGUGAACUGGAACGAUCUGGAAGACUCAGUCCGAAUCCUUCAUUCUCCAACAAAGAAUUUCUCAAACUUCAUGGAAAUGUCAACAUACACAGUAGCACCUAACACUAUGAGAAACACUCCACCUAUUUGGAUGAGUGAGGUGAGCUGUGAAAAUUUUGGGAUUUUUGAUGAUUCAUCUGAUGUCAUUGGAGUCAUGGUGUAUACUGGCAAGGGUAUUCGAGAAUUCGCCUUUGUAGACAUGGGGCAAUUUCCACAUGAUUCAAAUCUAUGUGUGGAAGUCAUCUCCACACUCCUGCAUGUGAAGAUGGACUUGAAGAAUAAACUCUUCCUGCAGAUGGAUAUCUGUGCUCGGGAGAACAAGAACAAGUUCAUCUGUGUUCUCGCAUAUCUCCUGGUGGAGACUGGCAUAUUUGAAGAAGAAUUCCUCAGAGAUCAGCAGAGGAUGCAUAAGGACUCUCUUCCAAUGUUUCUCAACAGGGAUGCAUUCACCAUAUCACGCUCUCCCAUGAACAUGAAGAAUAGCAUCUACCAGAUGAUGAUUUCAUGGAGAUGGAAGGUGGAGCUUGCCUACACCCAGCUUUAAUCUUAUUCCUGGAAAAUGUGGAAGGUGGUGAACAUCGUGCAUCACAUCUCAUCUGAACUUGCAAUAUGUUGAAGACUUAUGGAACAUUUUGAACUUGUUUCAAGAUAUUGCAGUGUGACUC